AUGGCCAAGAGGCUCGCCAUGGAGAAUCGACAAGAGCAACGUAGGAUGGAACGAAAGGCUCAGAUUGAUGCGAUCAGACAGAAAUAUGGCAUUCCUUCAUCCGAGCCACACUUCCAACGUAUGAAUAGCGGUAGUGGAAGUAGUAUCAGUUCGAAACUUUCCAAAAUUUCAUCAAAGAAUAAACAUUCAUCACACGCACACACAUCGCACAAAUACUGA